AUGGUGAUGGACGUACAGGCAAAACCCAGCACCAAUGCUGACGUCUAUCGUGGUGGCUCUGUACCUGGAAAGGUCCAGCAGACUCCAGGGGGUGUGGCGCGCAACAUCUGCGAGUGCCUUGCACGGCUGUGCAACUCUGACCCUCUGCCAGCAUCAGCCAGGGCUCGAUUGAAGCCUCUGCUGGUGAGCGUGCUGGGGCAAGACCAAGCGGGUGACAUGCUGCUGAGUCACCUGCAGUCACUGGGCCUCCCGACGCAUGCCAUCCACAGAGUGCCAGGGGCUACCACCCCCUCAGUCAGCAUCAUCUUUGACAGAGGCGGUGAGGUGGCCGCCAGCGUGGCUGAUGUGGGCGCGCUGGAGGAGCGCCUGCCAGCAGUGCUGCGUCAGCACACAGCGGAUAUUCAGUCAGCCCCUCUCGUCAUGCUUGACGGCAAUCUGUCACCCGAUGCGCUCUUGGAUGCGGCACAGCUGGCGUCGGAAAAGGUCGUUCCUAUUUGGUACGAACCGGUGUCGGCAGCAAAGGCCGUGCGCGCCACUUUAGCUCUGCACAUGAUGGACUACAUCUCGCCCAAUGCAAAGGAGCUCACGGCGAUGGCAGAGGCUUUGAUAUCAGCACCAGCGCGGCAGCAGCGUUUUCAGUCGGGCGCAAAUGACCCUCGGCAGAAUUGGCCCACACUUGGCGCAAGCGAAGCAGCCGGGAACGCCGUCGAACUGCUAUCGCCGCAGCUGUGCACGGUACUGCAUGCGGGAGUGGGAUGCGUCGUGCUCACACUCGGCCACUUGGGCGCCGCGCUGUGCACGCUGAGCGGAGACGGGCGCUGGCUGGAGAUUGGGUUCAUGGCAGCGCCGCCUGCAAGGGUGGUCAACACGAGCGGAGCAGGGGAUUGCCUCGUAGCUGGAGCGCUCUUCGGCCUCCUUCGCGGCUGCAGCCCCACUGAAGCACUCGCACACGGCAUAGUAUGCUGUGGCGCAUCAGGCAGUGCAGAGCACUGGGAGCGUGCCAAAGCACAUUGA